ACCCGAAAAUUGGAAACGGGUCGUCUUAUAACCCGAAAAUUGGAAACGGGUCGUCUGAUGACCCGCACGUUUGAAGGGUCUUUUUCCCCAUCCCUAGCACGAGCGCCGCACUGCCUUCUGCCGUUGCACCACCGCUACCGGAAUCGCAGUAACGAUUCAUAAAUUGUAGAUCAUACGAAGCGGAUAUUCCACCAAAAUCUGAUUCUGUGUAUAUACUCUUAAUCGUUGAAGGAAAGUACAAUAUCAAAAUUGUACGAUUUCACGAUUCAAAUCGUGAAUUUAACUAUCAUUCCCCUAGCAAUGUACUCUCAUCAAUAAAGAACGUGUCUCUGGUAGACUGGUGAGAACGUAAUGUGAACUCAUCUCAACAUGCUCUAGUACAAAUCAAGUGUGGUUGUUCUAGGUAAAACCUAUCCUUGAAAUGGACCCCUCACAACCUCACUCAAGUUGUGAACAAACCCAUUUCAUAUCUAUUUUUUGGGACAUCUGAGUUCUGAUUUUAGCAGCAAUGGCUGAUAUACAGGAAAGGUUGUUACCGUCCUUCUCGCCUAACCUACAACUGUUAGCAAUGGAUGAGGAGCUUUGGUUGAUGGCUGAAGAGAGGGCCCAGGAAAUACUGUGUUUAGUUCAACCUAAUGUUGUUUCUGAGGUGAACAGAAAGGAUAUUAUUGAAUUUGUACAGAGGCUGAUUGGAGGUUACUAUGGGGGAGAGGUAUUUGUGUUUGGAUCAGUCCCGCUAAAAACCUAUCUUCCAGAUGGAGAUAUUGACUUGACAGUUCUCAGUCAUGAAAGUGUAGAGGAUGAUUUGGCACAAGCAGUAUGCAAUCUACUUGGAAGUGGAGAGGAACUUGAAUACGAAGUAAAAGACGUACAACAUAUACGUGCACAGGUAGGGGUUGUGAAAUGCACCGUGAAAAAUUUAGCAGUUGACAUCUCUUUCAAUCAGAUGGCUGGACUCUAUGCUCUGCGCUUUCUGGAGCAGGUUGACCAACUUGUCGGGAAAAACCACAUCUUCAAACGCAGUAUUAUCUUGGUCAAAGCAUGGUGCUAUUAUGAGAGCAGAAUUCUUGGCGCACACCAUGGCCUGCUCUCAACAUAUGCAGUGGAAAUAUUAGUUUUAUAUAUUAUCAAUUGUUUUCAUUCAACAGUGCGCGGUCCUCUAGAGGUGCUGUACAGAUUUUUGGACUACUACAGCACAUUUGAUUGGGAGAAAAAUUAUGUCACUGUAGAUGGUCCACAAGCCUUAUCCUCUCUUCCAGAAAUUGUUGAGAAACCAGAAUCUGAUCGAGUUGGAUUCUUGCUCAGUAAAGAGCUUCUGAAAAAUUACAGGGAUAUGUGCUCUGUUCCAAAGGCGUCUGAGCCUUUUACCCUGCAAUUUCUGCCCAAGCACCUGAACAUUUUGGAUCCUCUAAAAAACGACAACAACCUAGGCCGCAGUGUCAGCAGAGGCAAUUUACAUCGAAUUAGAUUCGCUCUUGCCUUUGGUGCUCGAAAGCUUAAGGAGAUCCUUACACUUCCAGGACAAAACAUGGGUGCAGCGCUUGAGAUGUUUUUCAUGAACACCUUAAACAGAAAUGGAAAAGGACAAAGGCCAGAUAUUGAUGUUCCUGUUCCUGCAUUUGGUACUGGAAGAUUUGAAGAGCCUGUCCUCGUGGGAGAUUGUGACAGUUACUAUGGUGGAUUACAAUAUGUUCAGUUGUAUCGUAACUAUGCUAUGCCGCCCAUUGGUCAACUGAAUUCCCCAUCAACACUAUUCGAUGCUGAUAUGCUUGCACUACAACAAAACUGGUAUAUGUAUUAUCAUAGGGGUACUGAUUUAUAUGUCCCAAGACAGCCAAUCUUUCAUCCAAAUCCUCCUCAAGCAACUUAUGGCCUUGAAGAAAUAGGGAAAUCCCGAGGAACAGGCACAUACAUACCUGACAUGACUCAUAGUACCUACUGGAAUGUCCGUGCAAGAGGGACCAAGCCAAGGAGAGUUGGUCAAGUGAAUAAUAAUAAUGCAUCGCCGAAAUCGUUUGAGGGAAAGCAAGUAGAAGAGGAUCCUCCUGUGACAGACAUAAAUGAUAAUAAUUCCAAGUCCUUUGAGCUCUUGAAGGAAGAUUUUCCUCUUCUUCCAAGCGUUGGUAACACCGAAUCGUCAGCAUCCCAAGAAUCUGAGCGGGACAAGAAUUCCUCAUCUGAUCAACUAAUUAUUGAGUUUGGAACUUACAGUAUAUCGCGAUCAAUGACAGAAAUGAGUUUGGGAACAAAGGAUAGGAAAGAGGAUUCUGGCGUUUCAUUCUCUCAAGGUGCUACACCAGUUGUUUCAAGUCUCGCAGUGAAGGGGAAAGAGAAAUCUAUGCAGAUCGAAGAGAAGAUGGAUUGAUAGCAUCUAACCUAUAGGCAUUUUGUAGGAUAUUGAUGAUAACAUCUAAUGUGGUGCUUUUUACUGCAGGUUCUUCUCUGACUUUACCAACUUGAAGAUAAUAGUCAAUUUAUCCUUUUUUUUCAGAUGUAAAUUUCGGCGAAACUAGAAUUGGUUGCUAGUGGUAGAUAUACUAUGUGGGAAUAAGUAGUUGGUAGGGAUAUUUACAAGUCUUGCUAUGCCUUUCAGCUUUAUUCCCCUUGCUCUCCUCUUCUGCAGGAAGAGUUUACCAUUUCUCUUGGAACAGUAGCAUAUCCUUUCUCCUUCUAAAGUCCAGUGAAGUUGUACAUUAUUUCUUUUUUUUUUUUACAGGACAAUAAAUUAUAAUGUAUGUGAUACAAUAAUGUGAACAUUUUACUUCAGACCUGUGUUAAUAUUUCUCUUUGACAA